UCCGGGUUCACCUUUCUGUCAACUGGACUACUUAAGGUCCUAAAAAAAUGAAUAGAAACAGAGAAUGUCUAAUAAGACGGGAAGUGAAAAGAGGCGGUCCUGAUUAGGUUAUGCCUUGCAGUGACGAAUAAGAAAUGCGCCCGAUUAUUGCAGGGUGCUUGUUAGCCUACGCGCUAGCACUAGCCAGCUUAGUAGGCAACUCCAGUAACGCUGUUAUUGACAGCAACCUGUCUUGCUGGCUCGAUUAUUAAGUUAUUUCCUAAAAAUAGAGUCUUGUCACUCACAUGAAGCUCUCAGACUUACUGUGUUGUCUAACCUAACUGAUUGUUAUGCGUUUGUCAUUAGAUCUUUGAGUCGAGGAUUCAAAGGGCAACAUGGUGGUCUCCGCUGCACUCAAGCAACUCAGAGUUGCAUACAGAAAACUACCGCUUGUUAGAUCAUCUCAAUGUCUUUUGCACGUGCAUCACUGCAUGCACAGCACCUCUCCAGUGCUUAUUGCGAAUGUUACGAAACCCGUUAAAAUCCGGCUGUCAGACUAUGCAUCGGUCGGCUACGGCAGCACGGCAGCAGUCUCACAGAGUCGUAGUAUUUGCCUGGAUGUGAAGUUGAGAAGUAAAGCAAAUCAGGGAGAGGAUAAAGAACAACAUGUGUCUGUUCACAGGACUCAAAGUGGGCCAGGACUAUCCGCAGCACAGAAAGUCAAACGGGCUGGCAAGGAUUUCACCUACCUGAUCGUUGUGCUUAUUGGACUCGGUGUGACAGGUGGAUUAUUGUAUGUGGUUUUCCAAGAGUUGUUUUCAUCAUCAAGUCCAAGCAAAAUAUACGGAAAGGCUUUUAACAAAUGCAAGUCAAAUCCAGAGGUCAUUGGAGCUUUUGGGGAGCCCAUUAAAUGCCAUGGGGAGACUACACGAAGAGGCAGAAGGCAGCAAGUUAGUCACGUGGAAUACAUGAAAGAUGGACUGAAGUAUAUGAGGCUGAAAUUUUACAUUGAGGGGUCAGAACCUGGACGACAAGGGACUGUUCACACAGAGUCAAAAGAAAACCCUGAAACUGGUAAAUAUGAAUUCCGCUACAUUUUUGUUGAUGUUGACACCUACCCACGAAGGACCAUCGUGAUCGAAGACAACAGAUAGGGUUGUUAGACCAACGGAAAUUUUUUUUUUUUCUCAAACGUUUUGUAAUUUCACAAAAUCGCAAGACCCUCAUCGAUAUCUAUGCCAUCAAACAAACACACAACUAUUGUACACUGGGAAUUGAGAUAUUUUUAGAAAACUGUAAUUAUUUUCUGUAUUCAAAGCAACACAAAAUGUAGAAUACACUGAAUACUAUUACAGGCAGUUAUAUCAUGGGAUCAUCCUCUGCAACAUCAAAAAAUAGUGGUUGUAUAUAUGCAAUUUAUUUUAUCUUCUGUAAAUUCUUUGCUGUAAGGAUCCUUGGUGUAACUUAAAAAAUUGUCAUAAGCGAACAGUCAGGAUACACGUCUUGUAAUUGUUUUAUUACUGGAAUAAAAUGCCAAACUGUCAAAUGUC